UUAUUAUCGUCGACUUUAGCGGCUUAGAAAUCUGUAGGAAGGUGAUUUGGAUUGAAAAGAAUUAAGAGAAUCAUCUGGAGUCGAUAAUAGCGGAGCAGAGACCACUUUAAAUGGUGACUCACAUAUGGAGCUAAGAAAAGCAUAAGCAGAUGUCCACGGAGGUCACUCGUGAUCACCAGGUGCAUGUACCAACAAAUGAAUUUGUAAUAACAAUGAUGUCUACGCGAGGCAUACCGUGUCUGCAGACUUAUUCUGCGCGAAGGCAUCAAUCGCUCGACAUCUAUCGUACUCUUGUUUACAUUUGCCAGCCUAAAGGGUGAAGAAAAAGAUUGUGCGGGAACGGUUGAAUUAAAAAUUUCACACACAGUUCAAGUGUAAAGUGUCAGUGACGGUUCACGGUCGUUAACAUUGAUGGGCACGAGAUAUAAAUCAUUUCUGGAAUUUUUAUACGUGGAAGACAAGACAUUCCCUUAAACUUGAUACGUUUCCUUGAAAAACCUUUUUAUAUGGUUUUUUCAAUCAGUGAAUGAUCCGCCUUGAAUCCUUCCCAUAAUGAUGCACAGCACGAGGAACGUCAUCACAGAAAAUUGACCCUGAUCUUUUAAAUUAUUGCAUUACCAGCGCGCGUUCCUGGACAAAUGCUGGAUGAUUGAACGACGACGAUGAUUACACGUAAUACGCAGAUAACUUGUAUUUACUAGCACUAGCAUUUAUCAUUAACGUUAAAUAUAGCAUGGCAUAAUAUAGCACAGAGUAAUAACUCUGUGCUAUAUAUUAUAUUAUGCCAAGACGCGUUAGCUAAGCUGCAAAAACAAUUCUCCCCCCUCUAUUUCUCUCUCUCCUUCAAUUCGGCUUAAAGCUUCUGACGAGACAGUAAUCCUUACGUGUCGACAGGUUCGUAGUUAACAAAAAAGAAGAAAAAUGCAAAGGUUCAAUUAAAAGCAUAAAGGCACACCGCUCUCUGAUUUAUUGUGAGACAUUACGUCAAGAAAGAAGACACAACACAGACAGAACACAUGGAACCUUCAGAAAAAUAUGUUUUUGCUCAGAAGAAGCCUAUGUACGACACCAUUCCACUAAUCAUUUUUGAAAAAGUGGAAAAGAAAUAUCCCAAAGUUGAUGUGGAGGAUCUAAAAUAUUAUGUUCCUAGUACAUUUUGGAUGAAAUUUCGCAUAUUGUUAUUUUGGAUAUUAUGGGCUAUGUUGAUAAUAGCAAUGAUGAUCUGUAUUCUCACAUAUUUUUGUUUUACACCUUUUGUCAUACCACAAGUAUGCUAUGCAAACAUACAAGAGGACAAACUGAUAGUUAAUACAUCUAAUAAAUAAAUAUCCCACCAAAUUACGAUGGAGUAAUUCAGCAUAAAGUAAUUAGUAUAUAAGAACAUUUCUGUAUAGUAAUUAAUGUACCAAAGAAAUAAUUUUAAAUAUAUGUAUAGUAUAUAAAAAUAUCUGGUCAUUGAGGAUGACUAGCACUAAAAUAAUUUAUUAGUAGUGUUAUAUUCAUUAGUAUAAUAUAACAAACAA